GAUGCCUGGCCCUUGGUUGCUGCUCGCCCUGGCUUUGACCCUGACCCUGACCGGUGUCCCCGGAGGCCGCGCACAGCCCGAGGUGGACCAGCAGGAGGCUGCGAUGGCUGCAGAGCACCCGGCCCUGAGGGACCUCCUGCGCCAGGCGGGGCACCUUCUCCUCCUCCGGGAGGACCUCCAGCGGCUGCAAGGGGACCAGGGAAAUCGCGAAUCAGAGUCCCAGAUCUUUCAGUCCAAUGGGCUCUCUAAGCGUCAGCAUCCAGGUAAAAGGGAGGAGGAGGCAGAAGAGGGAGUUGAAGAGGAGGAAGAAGAAGGAGGGGUUGUGGGGCCCCACAAACGGCAGCAUCCAGGCCCAUGGGAGAACACAGCUGCGUGGUCGGUGGAUGUGACCCCGCAGAAGCGGCAGCACCCUGGCCGGCGCUCCCUCUGGCUGGGGUAUACUUUCACCAAGAGGCAGCACCCCGGCAGACGGCUGGUGGACCCCAAGGCCCAAAGGAGCUGGGAAGAGGAGGAGGAAGAAGAGGAGGAGGGAGAGCUGAUGCCUGAGAAACGCCAGCAUCCGGGCAAGAGAGCCUUGGGAGGCCCGUGUGGGCUCCAGGGAGACUGUGGUCAAGCCAGCCUCCUGCUGGGGCUCCUGGAUGACCUGAGCAGGGGCCAGAGGCCUGAGGAGAAGCGACAGCACCCUGGACGGCGGGCGGCCUGGGCCAGGGAGCCCCUGGAGGAGUGAGCCCAGUUUCCUGUGAAGUCGAGUUUGGGGUCUAAGAAUAUCUUGAGUCCUGUGCACCCUAUCCUUCUGUGAUCCCCUUCCCCUUCCCCUUAGAUCCCUAAUAAUAAACCUGAGCCCCCCCCCUCUAUGCACACACCCAAACCCCUGGCUUUGCUUGCCCCCCUCCUUCAGGGACAUGAAAAGGCCAUCCUAUAAGCUAAAACCCCAUAUUACUUCAUUUUGUAUCACUGGCAAGGGGGCAGACCCCAGAGAUCCUCGCCUACCCUGAAGGCCGGCUUCCAUGCCUUAGUCCUGGCUAAGAUGCCCGAUCUGUAUCUUCUAAGGUAUUCCCAGAGAGGGGCAGAGUGCCUCUGGGGCAAGCAGCCAGUGAGGGUGGGGUGCAAUUGAAGUGGUGAUGUCCAAAUCUAGCUUCUCUCCCCCACCCCGUGUGUCAGGAGUUACCACAUGUAAACUUAGCCCUCAGAAUCCAGGAUCUCCUUCCCUUCUUGGUUUUCUUGGGUGGUAUUUUUUGUUUGUGUGGGUGGCGGCACCUGACCCACAGCUGUGUUCUGCUUGGGGGAAGCAUUUUAGGUGGAGAACCCCUGCGGUGCUGUGUUGUGUGGUAGCUGCAGAGUGACUGUGUGUGGGAUAUGUAAACAUUGCCCUGGAAGUUGUUGAUAAACGUGUAUGUGGAAAUAUGUAAACAUCGUCCUGGAUGUUGCGGCUUGUAUAUAACCUGCUAGACCCCUUCUCCUUGUCAAUGAUAUCCUCCUA